UAAAAAAAAGAAAACUAAUAAAAAUGAAAAUAAAUAAUAAAAGAUUAAAAUAUAACAAUAAAAGAUCAUUCUAAACAUUAUCAAUACUAUAUAAAUAAUACCAUAAUAAAUCUUAUGUUUAAAAAUAUGUUUUUAAUAAAAUAUCAUCUUGAUGAAUUAAUUUUAUUAUUGACUCAUAUUUUGUCAGUGUGUUUGUAGGUGCAAGAUGUACAGCUUUAUGGGAGGUGGAUUGUUCUGUGCAGGAGUAGGGAACAUACUCCUGGUGAUCUCCACUGCCACCGAUUACUGGAUGCAGUACCGCCAGUCCAGCAGUUUCACGCAUAUGGGCCUGUGGCGCUACUGUGUACCUGGAAAAUGCAUAAUGCACACAGACAGCAUCGCAUACUGGGAUGCCACCCGGGCCUUCAUGAUCCUGUCCGUCAUAGCUUGCUUCUUUGGCAUCAUCAUCGGUGUCAUGGCUUUCAUCAAUUACUCCUCCUUUAGCGGAUUCGACAAAACCUUUGCUGCAGGAAUUCUCUAUUUCAUUUCAUGCUUCUUUGUGCUGCUGGCCAUGGCUGUCUACACUGGCGUGACAGUCAACUACUAUGGAAAACGUUAUGGGAAAUGGCGGUUCUCUUGGUCGUACAUAAUGGGCUGGGUUUCUGUGGUGCUCACAUUCUUUUCAGGGAUCUUCUAUAUGUGCGCUUACCGGAUGCAAGAACCAAGAGGCCCAAUGUCACGCUGAUGCUUCUCAUCCUAGAUCUGCUAUUCGAUCCCUUCAGUCUGAAUGUGAACCAUCAUCAUCCCUGAUCCCUUCAUUUUAGACCUGUCAUUUAUUGUUUAUUUUAAAAUCACAGAACACAAACUAAUAAAUGACUAAUACAAAUGUUCAGUUCAUUUUAUGUUUAUACAUAAUCUAGUUUCCUAUACAAACCAUUAUAUAAUGUAAUAUAUAUAACGUAUAAUAUGAAUAAUGUAUAAGGGGCAGUUUAGGUUGGUAUUAAAAUAUAAGAAUUUAUAUAUUUGAGUUUAAAAAAUUUUUUAGAAGUGCUAGCUUUUUAUGGUGAAAUGUAUAUUAAUUAAAGUAGAAUAUCUUAUAUAAUUUAAUUUACAUUUAAACAUUUUUCAAAUUAUAUACUGUUCAAAAGUUGGUGAGAUCUUUAGUUAAAAAAAAAAGUCUUACGCUCACCAAG